AUGGCCGACCACAGCUCUCCAAAUUACAAAGAUCUUUACCUUAAGGCAGAAGAAGGACGGAAGCAGGAGGCAGAAGGGAGACGGCAGGCAGAAGAGCGCGAGAAGCAGGCGGAAGAGCGCGAGAAGCAGGAAGCAGAAGGGAGACGACAAGCAGAAGAGCGCAACCAAAAGACCUCUUUCGCAGAGCUCUUACGGCACUGCCAUGACCUUCUCUCCCGCCAGUUGAGAGUCGAGACACCGUCUCGCUCAACCACUGGCAGAAUACCCCUUCCCACCGGAAAAGACUGCCCAACUCGAUUGGAACAUUGGUCCGACUGCCCAGAGCAGCUUCUAAGGGUCUACAGGUCUGUCUACCAAUACCUGCAGUCGGAGCCAGGGCGGCCGCCACGCUUAUUCUCGCCUCUACCGGAGUUAGAAGGGCUUGGCCGUCGAUUUGCUCGCAAGCCCCUCAGUAGUGAGCAAGAUCUCGAGGCCUAUGAGCGGUUUGGGGUGGAAGAUCAUGUCCAUGAUAUAGUAGCCGAGUUGUGCAAAAUACCGGCGGCCUGUGACGAGUUUGGCCUCGGUGAUGGAAUCCAGUUCAGCAAUCACACAAAUUCUUUGAGCAGGAAUGAAAACUUUGAAGCGGAUACAAGCCAGUUGUCAAGCACGCCUCACCCACGACCAGACCAGUUCUGUAUUCAUCGUGUCGACGGCAACACGACUACCGUGCUGACGACCGUCGAGUACAAGCCACCUCACAAAAUGCCUGUCGCAACUCUUCGCAUGGGACUACGACCAAUGGAGCUGUGGAAGGAAAUGGUCAGAUCAAAUAAAAUACCCACCGACCAAGAUGCGAAGCUGAGGUACAAUGCAGAGCGGCUUGUCUGCUCUGCUAUCGUCCAAGAAUACCACGUGAUGAUUCAGGAAGGACUCGAAUAUUCCUAUCUGACAAAUGGAAUUGCCCGUGUCCUACUUCGUGUUCCACGAGACGAUCCCACCACGCUGUACUACUUUUUCUGUGAUCCCCACAACGAAGUGGACAUAGCAGGCGAUAUAGAUCAUCAGCUAUCGAGGACCUCUGUUGCAAGGAUAUUAUGCCUUUGUCUGAUGGCCUUCCGUUCACCCGUCCGUGGGCAAGAGUGGAGAAAUCGCUUUCGUCCCGACCUUAAUACGUGGGAAACCAGCUUUGAACAUACGCGAUCGCAAAUUCCGAGAAAAGAAUUACAGCAGAUUCCCCACUCCGAUAGCACCAACCCUGAAUUUCCGAGUCCAGAUACUAGUUCAUCCUAUGAACUGCCGUCGUCAUCUCCGCUGCCGUCUCCCUCAGAGGGCCGCCGAGUGCCUACACGAUCUCAAACCAGAUGUGCACCUUCGGAGAUCCGACCACGGUCGCGUUCACCUAACUCGUCCGGUUCCGACACAAACCAAACGGCUGGCUAUAAGCGGAGGAUCAGUCAAGUCACGCCUUCACCAUCUGCUCGGCGAUCAGGUCGCCAACAAGAGCCAGCUAAUGACCGCGAUGAUCAUUCCCGACGCUGCGCUGCGCUAUUCUGCACACAGCGAUGUUUACUCGGCCUACAGACCGGGAAAUCCCUGGAUGAGUUGUGUCCAAAUGUGGACCAUCAUCGUCGGGGCCAAAACGCCCCGACUCAGCAUCCUGUCUCGGCUGAAGACCUAAUGCUUUCCCUCAAAAGACAAUUAGACGAAAACAUCGAUCGUUGCAUUCCUCUUGGUGGUUGCGGAUCCUACGGUGCCCCGUUCAAACUGACUUGCAUGAAGUAUGGUUACACGGUUAUCGGGAAAGGCACCACUUCGGGGCUAUGGGAAGAAGUUUCUCGUGAAGCGCAGGUAUAUCAGAUCUUGCGCAAGGUUCAAGGAUCUGCUGUACCGGUCUUUUUGGGAACGAUUGACUUGGCAAAGAUCUACUUUCUUCAUGGCGCUGGACAAAUCCGCCAUAUGCUCGUCAUGGGCUGGGGCGGUGAGAGCACAGCCACGAUGGAGCUGACUCCACACCUCCGCCGAGAGAUCCAUAAGUCGAACAAAGAAGUCAAAGCCUUGGGCAUAAUCCAUGAAGACCUCAGACGAGACAAUGUCCUUUGGUGUGAAGAGAUCGGGCGUGCUUUGAUCAUCGACUUUCACAGUUCUACUCUGAGAUGCCGACCGGCUACGCAGCGACUGAGGCCGGCAAAACGACGACUAUAUCAAGUGGACGCAGGAAAUGCAAAACGUCUUAGGAUUUCGUGA